UCAGUAGACUUGGAAAGUAAUAAAUUUGAAACAUUAUUUUUAGUGCUCAGUUUUUCAUUUAAAGUUUACCAAAAUCUGCAAAAUAUUCCCAACGAAAACAGCGGUUUAUUUAGAUCAAAGACACAAUGCUGUUCCGCGAUGUGAGUACUUUAUACAUGCCUUAUUAACCUGGCUGCAAGGCAUGUAUAAAUGUGGAAUGGAGGGCAACUAGGUCUCCAAGGGUCAGUAUUCCAAGCCGCAAUCGCUGCCCAAGGACUCAGCAUGCUGAGUGAUCGCCAGCAGUUGCCUCCUGCGGAAUCGGGCAGCGUUACGGUGGACAUAAGCUGUCCGCCGGUGGGGGCCUCCUCCAUAUAUCCACCUCGAUCGGGUCCACGGAUGCUUCAAUGCCAACUUCAAGCAGACUCUGCAGGAGGUCUACCAUGCACCAUACCUGGUUCGCAGGGUCAAGAUAUACUUCUACCUCGGGGAUGGUACCCUGGAGAUCUACGAGCCUCGAGUGGAUAAUUCUGGCAUUGUCCAAGGAUGUGUGGUCCAUCGCCAUCGCAUUUAGAAAGCGGCGAUUUUCUCAACAAACGUGGCAUAACUGUCCCCGAUCCAGUAAAAUCACCAUGUUGCUUGUUUUUUGCUCGUGGAACUUCUUCAUCGGCUCGACCAUGUCGCUGAAGGACUUCAUCUUCCACAUAGUCUCGGCCGACGAGUACACCCUGGUGUACAUAGAGCACCAUCCGGAGCAUUUUGGCCAGGCAAAUGUUGCGGCGAUCAUGGAAAAGGUUCGCUGUGCCCUCAAGAAUCGCAUGGUCGAGUUUAUGGGCUCCUCUGCGCCGGUCUGUCACGAUGUGGACAAGUGGGACACCAUUGGGGAGGUCAGGAUAAUGCCACCAUCGGUGGCUGCCGAGCCAGAGUUCCACAGGCAUGAGAAUCCACGGCACGAAGCUGAGAUGGCCGCCAAGUCACAUGGUUAAAAGGUUCAAAUUAACGGGCUAGGCGAUCGGGUUUUAUUGAAUUAGCUUUGCAGUAUUCCUUGAAUGUUCC